CCCCCCUUGACCUGGCCUAUUUGAAUUGGUCCUUGUGUGCAACUUGUUGUUCCCCUAGAUUAUGCACCAUCACACUGCUACAUAAUGAAUGUUAUAAAAUGCACCUUUCAUCUACCUUGUGGUUGUGUAUCAUAUAGUAAGGCAUACAUAAUUUGCUUACAUAAAAAUACAAGGACGGUUUCCGCCCUCAGCGGAGUUUGCGGAAAUUGAGUCACUGUUUAGAAACAUCACAAACAUGGCGACUUACAGACAGGUUAGGUUGUUGGGUAUUUCUCUAAGAAUUUCAAUUCCGUAAGUUUUCCUCUGGAUUCGUUGACUACUGAAGAUAUCUAUUAAGCUUUAGGAAUGCAUGUUUUCACGUUAUUUCUGUCACUUCGUGUUCCUCAACUAAUUAGUAAGUAAGCAGCUAGCUAUAGUAGCUCUUAUCAGUUUCAUAACCCAAGCCGAGGUCUGACGCAGAUAUGAGACUAGUGAGCUAACGUGAUUAUUGUAGCUCAAUCUACAGUUAAAUUAUAUUGCAAAAAUUAUAUUGCAAAAAUUAUACUGUUAUAACUUUUAACUGGUUUAAUAGAACAUGAUUAUUUAUAGCUAACUAGUUGCUCAGCUUGCCUCUCACUGGCAGAAAUACAUCAGCCCAGUCAGCACAAUAUCCCUACUUGCCUAAUGAUGCAGUGGGAGUUUGAUCACAGGAAUAUUUUCAUCAUUGUUUUUUUGGAAGUAACAUUUUCUGUCCACAUUCCAUCAAAUUGAAUUGUUCAUUGUCAGCAUGUGGUACUCAUAAAUAAUGUUACAUCAUGUGACUAAUCAGAUUAUCUACAAUCUCCCGUGACUGGUUGUUUUUAUUUUGCAUGGUUGAUCCUGGUGAUCCAUUUACCCCUUAUCCGAAUUUAACCUGCUCAGAAUGUUUUUUCUUAAGCCUUGCUGUGCGUGCAUAUCAGUAUGCUGGACUGCAUUGGACUCCACUCAACAUUGGUGUCACAAGGAGAUGGCCACUGCCACUAUUUUCAAUUGUUUCUGCAAGGACCAUGUUCAUUCAGACUCAAGACACUCCCAACCCAAACAGCUUGAAGUUUCUGCCAGGUCGCAUGGUCCUCGAACAAGGAACAAUGGAUUUUGCUGCACCCCGGGAAGCCUAUUGCUCACCCCUCGCUAGGCAACUACUUAGAAUCGAUGGUGUCAAGGGUGUCUUUUUGGGUACUGAKUUCAUUACCAUAACCAAGACAGAUAUAGAUCUGGAAUGGAAGUUAAUCAAACCUGACGUGUUUGCUGCAAUUAUGGACUUUUUCACCUCUGGACUUCCUGUUGUCAAUGAGGAGGACACCCCUCGUGCAAAUACAGGCAUGGAGCAAACACAAUCACUYUAUAAGGCUUUGCAAGACAUGCACUGCAGGGGGCGUAUUGGAAAAACUGGAAAAUAUGUGCCAAUUUUCAAGUACUGA